AUGCCAUACCCCAAGGUUGCAAUAGUAUUCUGCGAUAAGUGCAGGUGGAACUUACGAAGUGCUUGGUACUUACAGGAGUUACUACAGACUUUUGGAGAUUCCAUUAAAGAACUUUCACUAGUACCAGGGCCAGUAGGGCUAUUUCAGGUUCUAGGCUACUUAAAUAAAGAGCAAGAAGAUGAAGCCAAACCAUUGCUAAUAUGGGAUCGAAAGGUUAACGGUGGGUUCCCUGAUAGUAAACUUCUUAAGCAGAAGGUUAAAGCCUUAAUAUUUGCUGAAGAUGACCAAGUUAAGAUUGGUGCUCACAUAUCAAGAUCAAAAGCAGAACAACAGAAUGAAGGACUCUUGAUUAGCGAAGACUGUAAAGAAGAUGAUUCUGAUUGUGCUAAACGUGAAUGUGAAGAGUGUAAUACUUAG